CAAUUAGUUUCAGUGGCAUGCGCGGAGUAGGAGCGGAGGCACUAUCCUUCGCCAUUUUCCGUCAAGCCCAAUCAAGGUAGCUUCUGUCAGUCGCUGUGUUUGUGUACAUUGUAUGGUGUUAUGAAAAAUUAUCCGUAUCGAUGAAUAUCAAUGGGAAAUCGUGAUUGCGACGCCAAACGAUGGGUCGAUUAUUGUGUUUGUGGCUAUAGUGAAUCGUUUGAAAAGUGAUAAUGGCCGAUUGAAUAGGCAAAGUGCAGUGUGUUGUGUCGUAUGCUGGGCUGUCACGGUAGUGAGGCCCUUUCUCUGGAUAUCUCGUCCUCAAGACGUCGGGUUCGGGAAGGUGACACACCAUGGCGGCGAAGAACAUACCAGGAGAUAAGAUAAACUUGCGGCUUAUCCUGGUAUCCGGCAAGACGAAAGAGUUCUCGUUCAACCCUGUCGACUCCGCCGGCGACAUCGCGCUGCAUGUCUACGACAACUGGCCUGAAGCGGACUGGGCGUCAGAAUGCGUGUCGCGCGCGGAGAUCCUCCGGCUGAUCUACCAGGGCCGCUUCCUCCACAGCUCGGUGACGCUCGGUGCCCUAGGGCUCCCGCUCGGCCGCACCACGGUGAUGCACCUCGUGCCGCGCGAACACCUGCCCGAGCCCAACUCUCACGAUCAGCGGCAAAAGAGCAAAGGCGGUUCGAGCAGUUGUUGUUCGGCCUCCUGCUGCAUAUUGUAAUGGCGCAGGGGGCACGGGCCGGCAGAUUGUGUUCAGUGACGUAGCAACCGACUGCGCCUGCCCCGAGCUACCGCGCCACACCACCACCAGAACAAAUUUCCAAUGCUAAACUUAAUGCAUCUAGAUGACGGACUUUAGUGUUAUUGGCGGAAUAGACCUCUUCUAAAUUUGAAAUCUCAAACGAAUCAUUUCAAAUUCCAUGCACAAAAUUACAAGUUUGGAACGCACACGCAGCUCGGUGCGGCAACGUCGCAGGAACCAUUCACUUUCGUCACUAUCUCAUUUUGGAUUCAGGAUAGCUUCAUAAGCGAUUGUAUAUGUCACCGCGUAAAUUAUAAAUCGUUAGAAUAACAUGCUGCCGAUAUAUUUAAAGUUAGUAGAUAUUGGUACGAUGCGAAGUUAACUGGUCUCCAGAGAAGGAGUCUCGGCUGUCGACAGUCGACACAUACAAACCUUAGUAGUAUUAUAAUUUAGGCCAUCUAUACUUAGCGACUGCCAGGAGCGCGAUAUGACAGAACCAUGGAAACGGUGCCUCAUCGAACAGGUUUAUAUGUCCUAAUAAUAAUGAACCGAAAGGAAACAAAGUAUAUGCAUGUUCUAAACAAAAUUAAGGGGUUUCCAUGCUUGUUGACACGCGCUCCCACUCGUGUCGCUACUUACAUGAAUUUAUAUGUAUAACGUUACUUGGAGAAUAUUUAUAAAAUUUAAAAAUGACAAAUUUAGUAGUAAAAUGAACGGAGUGUAUAAAUUACUCUCAUUUGCAGUGUAAAUAGUAUAUUUGGUAAUUUAAGAAGACGUUUACGGAACUAUUAUUGAUUUUAAUUUGUGAUAAGUUUUGCAAUAUAUUGGGAUUAUGUUUUAUGUUUAAAAUUGCUAUUUACUGCGCUAGUUGUAACUUGUAAUGAAAUUAAAGGUGCAACCGCACAGGUCUCAAAGUUAGAUAUUCAAAAAUGUAUGGAAUAAUUGCACGAACACAGCGAUUGGGCAGAAUCUGAAAUCUGGUAAAUUACAGUAUUCGCCGGACAGACUCGAUGUAAGGCAGUCUUGCUCAUGAAAUAUUUUCUCCAUUUUGUCAGCAAGGCUCCCCUUGACGCUUUUUAGUUUACAUUUUUUUUUCAAUUUACUGUUUUUUAAUGCUUUAGCGUUACCACAAUCCAACUUCUGUAAAUAUUCUAUUAUAGAGCUUUUUAUAUUUUUAAUUUACAUCACAUAUUAUUUAGUAUUCUAUUAGUUAUUAUUUGGCAUUUUAUAUCUAUCUAUUUAGCUAUAAAAGUAAUUUUAUUUAAAAAUUGGCUUAAGAGGAUUGAGUUGUCAUCGACAGAAGAAUUAUUUUGGCUUAGCCUUAAUUUUUGUUGUAAGGUUACAUUUAUCCUCAGAGAAAAUUUUCAUAUUAUUUUUACACGAAUCCAUCCCGUAUGUAUAUGCCGUAGCUUCGCGCUGCAGGCAGCGAUAUAUUUUGUGAUAGUACAAAUAAAAUUUAUUUACUAACUCAUUGAGAACACUUUUAAAUAAAAUUAAGACUCAAAGACAAAAGUGACACAGUUAACAGUAUUACGAGGAUCUGAAAUGAUGUCGCGCGCAUGACUCACGCUGCACCAACCUACGACGAAUUUGUCGAAACAAAUACAUAAAAUAAUUUCAGUCGCUUAUAGUAAAUGAGGUAAACCAUCUACCACUUUCAUGUCAUGUUCAUAAACAUUUAGACUUAUCGAUUAUAUGAAAUUAUUAGUAGUUCCAAAGUCAAAUUGCUUUUGUUACAUUAUUGAGAACGGACUGAGUAAUCUUGCCAUUCAAUGUUGGGCACACCGGGUACGCCGCCGCGUCUAGUUCCACACGCCGCCGUAUGAAUGAAUGGUUUUAUUUUGUUUGCUCUGUUUAGUUGCUGUAUGUAUGUAUUUUGUUAAGUUGUGUAAAAUACCUAGUUUAUAAAUAAAAUUAAUACAACAUUA